AUGCCGAUUGUGGCUCUUCCACCCACAACGGUUCGGGCCAUUGGCUCAACGUCAAUCAUCUCUGAUCCCUGCUCACUGGCAAAAGAGCUGCUGGACAACGCUCUAGACGCCUCAGCAACUUCGGUAUCUAUUGAGAUCUCACAGGAUACCGUCGACUUGAUCCAGGUCAAGGACAACGGACAUGGAAUUCCUGCAGCCGAUCACAAUCUUGUAUGCCGACGCGCCUUCACAAGCAAGAUCCAUACAGUCGAGGACCUGCGCAAUAUCGGCGGGAAGUCACUCGGCUUUCGAGGCGAAGCUUUGGCCAGCGCGGCCGAGGUAUCCGGUACUCUCACGGUCUCUACCCGGGUCGAUACAGACCCCGUCGGCUCGUCUUUGAAGUAUGGCAGGAAUGGGGAGCUGGUCAGCACCGAACGUAUCUCUCAUCCCGUUGGGACAACUGUUCGCGUCUCGAACCUGUUUCGCCAGAUACCUGUUCGCCGACAGACUGCUAUCAAGAGCGCUAAGAAAACGCUUCUCCGAAUCAAGAAGAUGGUCCAGGCAUACGCCAUGUCUAGGCCGUCCAUCCGGCUGUUCUUCAAGAUUCUGAAAGCUAAGAAUGAGAGCGGGAACUUGAUGUACGCCCCGGGCAAUAAUGCUACGCUCAUGGAGGCAGCGUUGAAGGUCGCCGGCACAGAGGUUGUGUCUAACUCUGAACUCAAAAAAUGGCCAGUCUCCUCUGAUGAGGUCGGCGACUCACGAGACGACUCAGGGUAUAGACUCAUUGCGCUACUACCCAGACUUGGCUCAGAUUUCACCAAAUUCAACAACUUAGGUCAAUACAUCAGCAUCGACGGCAGGCCGCUCUCAUCAGGGCGGGGCGUUACGCAAGUCAUUGUCAAGCUUUACAAGACCUAUUUACGUUCCGUUGCAUCGCGAGACGGUCUUUCUCCACCAAUAACUGAUCCUUUUCUCUGCAUCCAUAUUCUGUGCCCUGAGGGAACAUAUGACGUUAACGUCGAACCCGCCAAGGACGACGUCCUAUUUGAAGAUCAACACGCUGUCCUUUCUCUGGUAGAAGGUCUUCUACGCGACAUCUAUGGGGAUCAGCCAGAUGCGCACGCGGAUUCUGAGCCAACGGAACAGGAGAGAGAGCCUCCCUGCCGGAAUGGAUUCGAGGCGCUCCUGUCCGCAAGGCCGAAUCAAUCGACAUUCUCAACUCCUACUUCAGCCACUAACCAGGACAGAGGCUUCAUGAGUGCCCGCUCGAUUGUGCCUGCAGAACCCCGUCUUAGUCCUCCAGAGCCUCACGGUCACGCAAGACGAGCUGACCGCGCUUCUUUCUCUCGGUUCAACAACUCAAGAGUCUCGAAUGCACUACCUGGCGUAGAUGCGCAAGGUCAAAGACGUCCAGUCCCAUAUAAGGAGACGCACUCACCAGGAAUCAAUCCUAGCCCUCACGGGGCACGACGGGCCAGCCAUUUUAGUGCUUGCCUACCAAGUCCUGUCUCGAGUGAGAACUCUCCUUCGAGUCUAGGUCCGUCCCAGCUAUCGCCAACGACCCCAGUGCGGAGUAUGCGUCAGGAACAGAGGGAGAUAGACAAAGAGCGUUACGGUAACGGAUCCUUAGAUGCCUGGUUUCUAAGACUAUCCCAAGCAUCGCAACCUCCUGGACUCACUGAAGAGUCCCAAGCACCGAACCAAGAGCCUUCGUUGUCCCAACUCACGCAGAACCGCUUCGGACCAUCGAGCGGCAGUCCAGACAGCUCAUCAGUCUCGAACAUAGAACCAUCACAGACCCAACUUAUUAACCGUCCUCCAAGCCCUAUGCUAGAUCUGGACUCGACAGAACCACCUCCACGCGUCUUACCACAACCGGCAAAGUUCGUGAACAAGCCCGGCCUCCCCGUCCUCGAGCAAUGGUCUGCCAGACUCUACAACGCCUCGAGUCCCGACGAAAACCCCGAGCUCCAGAAAGCGCUGGAGUUCGAAACGAGGAAGAAGGCCGCUAUCCAAGAACGGCGAAAGCAGCUUCAGAGCUCUGCUUCCGUCUCGGCAAGCACAAACUCGCCUCACCAAAGCAAGUAUCUUGCUGCGAGGGCUGCAUUGAGCUCUCAGCCUGACUCUAUUCCGCGGGUCUCGGUAGUGGGAAAAGCGACGAGCUCCGACAGCGCUGUAAAGCCGCUCCUCAGCCCGCACGAUCCAAGAGCAUAUCUCUUGCGCCUUCAGAACGACGGUCCGGGCAGCUCGAAACUCAAGCGGAUAGCUUCGGGCAAGUUACCGUUUGAGAAGAUCCCGGACGGGUAUGACUUGCAUGCUGUUGGUCUCAGGUGUCCCGUCGACAUGCACUUGCUCCGUGCUUCUUCUAAAGCAAUCUCAAAGAGUGAUCUAUAUACGCGAUCCGGCGACCAAUCCGAGGGAUUUACAUCGCCCAAUAUAAACGCAGACAUCACGACCUGGCAUGAUCGAUUGUCAGAGUUGAUCAGAGCGCAAUAUAGAUCGUCGGAGGGCUCUGAUUUCUCGAGACUCGAGUUUGAUUUUUCCGGUAUAUCUCAGAUCUCACGCGCCAGUGUAUGA